AUGUUGCUGCUCACGAGCCUUGUGCGUGGGCCGCGCGCUGCCAUGAUGCGGGCUCAGCCUGUUUCGUCUCUCCACACCUCGGCGAUCGUGGCAGCGGCCCCUCGUCCCUCCGCGCCGCGGACCAAACUCAAAUCGCACUCGGCCGCGAAGAAGCGGUUCUUCCCAGUGAUGGGCUCAGGCCGCGGCAGUCCGCUUUCGAUCAAGUUCAAGCGUACCAGCUCGAACAAGCAGCAUCUUAACUCGGGCAUGUCGCGUGUGCGUCUGAAUCGUUUGUCUGGCACGCAGGUCGUUUCGUCCGGCCCCGUUUCGCGUAUGCUGCGCCGCCUGCUCGGCCCACGUCUGUAA